AUGGCUGACCUGAUCCUACGAGGUGCCAUCAAGGGCGUCGCGUCUGGCAUUGGUCUCAUCUCGGAAGGCGUGCACCAUCACAAGGAGAGAAAGGAGGCUAAAGCCCAUUCGACGGAGGUCAAGGUGCAAGAGAUUCACCCGGAGGCUGCUGCCCGAGAAGGCCAUGCACGACACGACAGUCUCGAAGAAGGAGACGAAGAGCAUUGGGACCUGGACGAGGCUCAAGACGAGCUAAUGAGUGUUCAUUCUAAUACCUCCACCGCCUCGCACGGGUCGCACGGCUCACAAGCGGAAGAGCACACGUCCAAGAGAGACCAGAUCAACCCUACCAAGAUCACCGAUGCGUUCAUGCGCAGGCAUCCUCCGCCAGCGGCACCACAAACCGCAUCCACCGAACACGGACCCAAUGGCGAGGACAUCAAGCCCGACAACCAGGCUGCAGCUCUUCCCACAAAACUCCCACUCCCCGUGAUCCUCCCCCAACGCCGCCCAGAAGCUCGUGCACGAGGCUUCAUCCGCGCCUACGCCCCCGAUCUGGCCAUCAAGGGCAUCGACCAAGAGACGUUCCUCGACUUCAUCGAGACCUUCAACAGCGCUAGUCUGGCCUCGCCGUGGCUCGACGCCAUCAACUUGGCGGGCUUUGCCACCAUGGCCCUGCCACCGGGGAUUUCACAGGCGGUUCAAUUGGCCAUCAUGGUCAGCGUCAAGAUCGCAAAGGACAUUCAGAGUCGGAAACGACAAAACACCUUCCUAGACCGCAUCAACGACGAAUUCUUCCAGCCCCGAGGCCUCUACUGCCUCGUACUGACUUGGCAACCGGACACUCCGGAGCUGCACACCUCGGUCGACAUCACCUCAACUGUGGCGGCGCGCAUGUCGACGCCGCAAGGCGCCACCGCCAAGAUCAAGCGCGCCAUGAAGGCGUCGUCGGGUCCCGGGGGCAUCGAGUUCACUGAGUGCGCGGCCCUUGUGUUCCCCAAGCUUGAUGAGCUUGCCGUGCAGACGGGCGACGAGGCGGAGCGCAAGAGGGACAAAGUUAAGCACUACAAGGGCUUUGCGGAGGUGUAUUUUGAUCGGAGGGCGCAGGCGAAGCACGCUGGGAAGAAUCCAGACAGCGCCCUGGCCAAACUCUCCGGCCCAACCCCCAAAUUCACCUCCCGAUACGCCGACCCCAACCACCCAGCCAGCAACGGCAAUCUCAUCUCCCUACUCACUGGAGGCAGGGUCAAUCCGCCUGAUCUGCGACAAUUCGGUGGCGGCGGAUUCGGUGGAUUGGGUGGUGGAUUGGGUGGGAGAGGAGGUAUGGGCAUGGGAGGUCUCGGAGGCGGCAGGAUGGGCAUGAUGGGUGGUGGUGGCGGGUUUGGUGGCGGGCGAAUGGCCAUGAUGGGAGGAGGGUAUGGGAGGAUGGGAUAUGGUGGCUAUGGGCAGGACCAAUACUACAUGAUGCAGCAGCAGCAGCAGUAUCAGGGUACUUAUCAACAGCAGCAGCAGCAGCAGGCUGGUCAACCACCUACGGGCAGCUACUACGAGAACCAGUCCAAUAUGCCUGCGAUGGGUUACGGUAUGGGAUAUAACAACCAGGGUAUGGGCAUGGGAGGCUUCGGGGGAGGAGCAGGACCUGUCGGUCUCGAAGCCCUCGUCGGCGCGAUCCUGGGCACAGGUCUGGGAAGUGGGCAAAACGUCAUCAAGAGGAUUCUCAGCAAGGAUGUCCUUUACCUGAUGAUCGUCAAUAUGCCCUCCGAGGAAGAGCUGGAGGCAGCUCAUAAGUUGAGUGAGGGCACCGAGCAGAAGGGUAGGGACUAA